AUGCUAAGAAGAGCAUUGUCUCGAGUGCAACGAAUUAGCAGUUUAAAGUUUAAUCCCAGCUCUUUGUGUAGUGUUUCUGUCGCUUUUCAUCCGAGAUUUUCGCCGCUCAACACCCGAGAAAUGUCUGUUCUUUCAAUCACAUCUCAAUUGCAGAAGAUGUCUGUUAAGGAGCCUGAACCUCUAGAGGGAUCUUUUCCUGAGCAAAAUGUUGUUGAUCUCAUGAGAAAUUACGUUAGUGCCGAACUAUCGAAAGUUUCGGGAGUCAGCGCCGAUUUGAUUUAUCCAGCAUUGGAGUGGACUAACACUCUUGAUAGAGGUGAUUUGUUGAUUCCAGUGCCCCGGUUGCGUAUCAAAGGUGCUAACCCUAAAGAGUUGGCUGCAGUAUGGGCCGAAAAAUUUCCUGAGGGAGACUUUUUGUCGAAAGUGGAAGCCAACGGUCCUUUUGUGCAGUUCUUUUUCAAGCCAGAGUUCUUGUUCAAGACGGUCCUUCCUAACAUUCUUACCAGAAGAGAACAGUAUGGUGCCAUGCCUUUGGUCCAAAACAAAAAAGCUGUUAUCGAAUUUUCUUCCCCUAACAUCGCCAAACCAUUUCACGCCGGCCACUUGAGAUCCACCAUUAUUGGAGGUUUCCUUUCUAACCUUUACGAAAAGUUGGGUUGGGAAGUUGUGAGACUAAACUACCUAGGUGACUGGGGAAAACAAUUUGGUCUUUUGGCUAUCGGGUUUGAAAGAUACGGCUCUGAAGAGGCGUUGGAAAACGACCCCAUCAAGCACCUAUAUGACGUCUACGUGCGUGUGAACAAAGACAUCGAAACUGAAGGUGACACUUUGCCAGAAACAGAAUCCACACACGGUCUCGCUCGUGCAUACUUCAAGAGAAUGGAGGAUGGAGACGAGGACGCUUUAAAAAUAUGGAAGCGUUUCCGCGAUUUGUCCAUCGACAAGUACGUCGAAACAUAUGCCAGAUUGAACAUUCACUACGACUCAUAUUCCGGUGAGUCUCAAGCCUCUAGAGAUUCUAUGGAAUUGGCUCUUAAGAUGUUUGCAGAGAAAGGUUUGGCUCACGAAGACAGAGGUGCUACUUUGAUCGAUUUGACCAAAUUCAACAAGAAACUAGGUAAAACUAUUGUUCAAAAAUCGGAUGGUACCACUCUUUACAUGACUAGAGAUGUCGGUACUGCUAUUGAUCGUUACAAGAAGUACCACUUCGACAAGAUGAUCUACGUGAUUGCGUGUCAGCAGGAUCUAUACACCGCCCAAUUGUUCGAGGUUCUGAAACAGCUGGGUUACGAAUGGGCUAAGGACUUGGUACACAUAAAUUUCGGUAUGGUUCAAGGUAUGUCUACCAGAAAGGGUACCGUGGUUUUCUUGGACAACAUUUUGGAAGAAACCAGAGACAAGAUGCACGAAGUCAUGAAGACCAAUGAGGCUAAAUACGCACAAAUCGAGAACCCUAACGAAGUCGCCGACUUGGUUGGUAUUUCUGCUGUCAUGAUUCAAGAUAUGCAAGCUAAGCGUAUCAAUAACUACGAAUUCAAGUGGGAAAGAAUGACUUCUUUCGAAGGUGACACGGGUCCUUACCUGCAGUACGCCCAUUCCAGAUUGAGAUCUGUGGAGAGAAACGCUUCCGAAAUCACGGACGAGAUGUGUUUGAACGCCGAUUUCUCGCUUUUGAAAGAACCAGCUGCUGUAAUUCUAAUCCGUUUGCUGUCUCAAUACCCAGAUGUUUUGAGAAAUGCAGCCAAGACGAAUGAGCCAGCUACAGUUGUCACUUACUUGUUCAAGCUGACUCACCAAGUUUCGUCUUGCUACGACGUUUUGUGGGUUGCUGGUCAGACUCCAGAGCUCGCUGCCGCUCGUUUGGCGCUGUACUCGUCUGCUAGACAAGUGUUGUUCAACGGUAUGACCUUGUUGGGCUUGACUCCAGUUGAUAGAAUGUAA